AUGGCAUCCUCCUCCUUCCCCAUCUCCCCCAAUCCCCCAGUCCCCGCCUACCGCGCCUCCCCCAACUCCCCCCUACACCCCAACAAGCCCCUCUACGACUCCAUCGCCGCCGCCCCGCGCCGCCUGACCUCCACCGCCUUCACCCUACCCCCCCGCUCCGGCCGCGCAUGGCACGCCCCCAAGGGCAGCAUCGUGCGAAUUUCCACCCCCGAAGGCGCGCAGGUCGGCGAUUUGAACGUCUGGAACGCGCAGAACCCGCGCGAGCGCUUCUGGGCGGCGCGCACAAGGCAGUUACACGCUUCGCAUGUGAGUAUCUAUGAUCGGUUGUGGAGCUGUUUGCCGUAUUUGCGGCCGAUGUGUACGAUUGUGGGGGAUUCGCUGGGCGGGGGUGGGGAUGGGGGGUAUGGGGUUGAUAAGUGGGGAGGGAGGUGUCAUGAUUUGUUGGGGACGCGGUGUGAUCCGUAGGUCUUCUUCUCUCUCCCCUUUACCUCUUGAUUGAUUUUUUUUUUUAAUUAUUGAUGGAUGGCUAAUGGAUGUGUACAAAAGCUACGUCAACACCCUCCUCUCGGGCGACACGUACGACUUCCACUGCCACUCGAACCUGCUCCGCGCCGUGACGCCCUACGGCCUGACGGAACCGGACAUCCACGACGUGCUCAACGUCUUCCAGGUCACGGGCCUGGACGCGGACGGCAAGUAUUUCAUGUCCACGAGCCCGGCGCGCAGGGGCGACUAUAUCGAAUUCUUCGCCGAGCAGGACCUGCUCAUGGCGCUGUCGACGUGUCCCGGCGGGGAUCUGUCGGCGUGGGGGUGGGGCGAGGGCGGGGGCGGAGAGGAGGGGAAGGGAAAGGCGAUGGAGGAGUGUUGUCGGCCGUUGCGGGUGGAAGUGUUUCGGUUGGUGGAGGAGGGGGAGGUUUUGAGGGAGUGGAGGGAGCCCGAGAGGGCGGGUUAUCGGGGGUUGCAUGGGAUGCGUGUGCCGUUGGGGGAGGCGGAGGCAGAGGCGUAG